UCUGGUUCAAGUUCAUCGCUGAUCAAAUGGAUGCAUCAGCGGCUUUUAUGAUCAUAUCAGCCCUAGUGGCUUAUUUAGUCUGGUUCAGGUUCAUCGUCCGGUCACUCAACGGUCCCCGUGUCUGGCCUUUGUUGGGCAGUCUUCCGGGGCUGAUCGAGAACUCAAACUCCAUGCAUGAGUGGAUCGCGGACAACCUCCGCGCGUGUGAAGGCACGUACCAGACAUGCAUCGCCGCGAUUCCAUUUUUGGCUCGGAAGCAAGGUCUCGUGACUGUCACGUGUGAUCCCAAGAACUUGGAGCAUAUUCUGAAGGGCCGGUUCGAUAAUUAUCCCAAGGGGCCUAACUGGCAAUCCGUUUUCCAUGAUUUGCUUGGUGACGGGAUCUUCAAUUCGGAUGGUGACACGUGGCUGUUCCAGCGUAAGACUGCCGCGUUGGAAUUUACCACCAGGACGUUGCGUCAAGCCAUGUCGCGGUGGGUUAGCCGGGCCAUCAAGUAUAGAUUUUGCCCGAUUCUUGAAUCGGCUCAACUUCAACGAAAGCCGGUUGAUUUUCAAGACCUAUUGCUUCGGCUCACUUUCGACAACAUAUGUGGCUUGACAUUCGGCAAGGAUCCACAGACGAUAUCGCCGGGACUUCCCGAGAACGGCUUCGCAUCGGCUUUCGAUCGAGCCACGGAAGCCACGCUCCAACGGUUUAUUUUGCCCGAAAUCAUAUGGAAGCUGAAAAAAUGGUUUGGGCUCGGGAUGGAAGUCACGUUGAGCCAAAGCCUGGACCACAUGGAUAAAUACUUGUCCGAAAUCAUUAAUACACGUAAGCUUGAAUUGGUGAGUCAGCAUCAAGCUGAGACCCCACACGAUGACUUGUUAUCUCGUUUCAUGAGAAAGAAGGAAUCCUACUCGGAUGAAUUCCUCCAACACGUGGCAUUGAAUUUCAUCCUAGCUGGACGUGACACAUCAUCGGUUGCGCUAUGCUGGUUCUUCUGGUUUGUCAGUCAAAAUCCGAGGGUUGAAGAGAAGAUCGUCGCCGAAAUUUCCACCGUUCUGAUGGAGACACGUGGUGCUGACACCUCCAAAUGGGUAGACGAACCCCUUGUGUUCGAAGAAGUUGACCGAUUGAUAUACCUCAAGGCAGCAUUAUCCGAGACAUUAAGACUCUACCCUUCCGUACCACAAGACUCAAAGCAUGUAAUAGCCGAUGACGUCUUGCCUAACGGGACAUUCGUCCCUGCUGGAUCAAACGUCACAUACUCAAUAUAUUCAGUCGGCAGAAUGAAAUUCAUAUGGGGUGAAGAUUGCUUGGAAUUCAAACCAGAAAGGUGGCUAUCCAAAGACGGCAAGAAGUUCGAGCCCAAAGAUCCAUAUAGAUUUGUUUCAUUCAACGCCGGGCCUCGAAUUUGUUUAGGGAAAGAUUUAGCUUAUCUUCAGAUGAAAUCGAUAGCUGCGGCAGUGCUGCUCCGACACCGACUUACCGUGGCAGCCGGACACCGAGUAGAGCAGAAGAUGUCACUAACACUGUUCAUGAAAUAUGGACUGAUGAUGGAGGUGCAGCCAAGAAAUCUGAAGUCUGUCCUGGACAAAGCAUGCAAAGUUGGGGGAAAUGGAUAUGCUUGAAUUCCAGUGAAAAUUUGUA